ACCGGUUGUGGAAAGCAGUUGCUUGAUCCGGUGGCCGCCGAAGAAGGCUGCUUUGAUGGGUCGAAGAGCGGCCCUCUUUGGUCAUGUUGGCCCACCCGAACGUCCCGAGAUCAGGGUCCAAGGAGGCCAAGGAGAUCACCUUUAAGCAGUCGCUCUCCCCAAGAAGCUCUCCAAGGAAUUCGCUGAGCGUCUCUCCGCAAGCGUCGCAUGAAAUUGCGAGCUUUCUCCGAGGAAAGAGAAAACGCAGCGUCUUGGUCAAGGAGGAUGGCGCCAUGGACCUCAACUCGGAGUACAGUGGAGAUAAUGGCCCAACCGUAUCGCGGGCUAUGAGCAUAGCCACUCUCAAUAGCGACAUGGAGGAGCCUUCAAGUAUCAGCUACUUGGACAACGUUCUUCGCUAUGAGUUCCAACGUGCCCCAGAACAUGCCAAAGAAGGUUCUGAAGGUCUCAAUGAUGCCAGCGAUAAGCGCACACUGCUGCGGUCGCCUUCCUGGCGGUCAUUGGCGCAAGCAGAAGCUGAUGAGAUGGCACCUACUGUUUGGACGGCAGAUGGCUUGGAGAAGAAACCAGUUGCUGCAGAUAGAGAGAGGGGCCCAAUCGCGCAAUUCUGCGAAAACUUGCAGAACAAGAGGGCGUGGACAGCUGCCUAUGUGUUCUUCACAGCUUAUGCUCUUUUCUCCAUUGACAUUGAUGCGCUGGCCGGUGACAAGUCUUCCAAAGUUGGCAUCGCAAUUUGCACAACUUUUGUAGCGCUGGCCUUCUUGCUGGAGCUCAUUGUCCAUGGCAUGGGCAAGGAAGGAUACAUUUACAGUGCAUUUUUCAUAUUGGACUUGGUGGCCUUCAUCUCUUUGAUCCCGGACACUAUCAUUUUUCAGAUAGCGAAUGACGACAAUGCCUUUGUUGCCGGUCGAUCUAGCAGGCUCACUCGAAUGCUGCGGCUCUUCGGCCGCUCAGCCCGGGCUGCGCGGCUCAACCGCUUUGGCCGCAUCGCGCGCAUUGCAGCACUGAUGCCAAAGAUUCAGGAGCUUCAGCGGUAUUGGGUUCAUCAGGUCGAAGACCAAGAUGCCACGCGCGUCCUGGAGAAGAAGAUCUACCGGAUUUUCUGUUUUCUAGAUGAAGACAUGGACAGUUAUAUUUCCAAAUCAGCUCUUCGUUUGUGUCGAGACAAGCUCUUUGACUUGGCUCGCAUCGAAAAUUCGAAGAAGACUGAAUGGACCUCCAAGCUUCGUAUGCUAGCUGAUGCUGCAGCCUCUGCACGGAUAAGCGUCCCACGGGUGCGGCCAUCGACAGAGCAGAGCAAUGGUGGUCAAACGCCCGUAAGUACUAUAGUUACUAUAGGGGCAUCCCAGCUCCAUGGCAGUGAAUCUGCCCUGAACGAUUCGCUUCAAAAUACCUUGGACAUCCCAAAGCAGGACACCACCCAUCUGGCCUUGGCGAUCCCCAAUGGCUUGAACAAGUCGACACGUGCCGAUUCCAAGCCUUUUCCAGACCAGGUUGAGUACAUUGAGUUUAGAGACUCCCUCAUGAACGAGCCUCCACUCUACGAGUGGCUCAAGAACUCUGUAGUGCGGCAGCUGAAGCGUGGACAAAAUGUGCAAGCAUUGCGCCAAAGAAAUGCGGAAUAUAUUGGCGUCAAGGUCGCCAUGGCCAUUCUGAUCAUCAUUCUGGUGCUUAGCUACGUGGAGCUUUUGACAGAAGACACGUCUCUCUCUUGGGGCUUUGAGAGGCUCAACGCAUAUGUGAAGCUGACCAUCGGUGCCCCGGAGUUCAACUCCACCAUCCCGAUGGCAAUUCGAAGGCAAGUGAUCACUUGGGGGAAGCAGAACGAGUGGGGACGACCUGAUCGACCGCUUCUAUACUUAGAUUUGCAGAGGCAAGUCUACUGCAACUCCCUGCGCCCCAAUGGGGUGAGCUGUUCAAGUCCGCUUUCAGAAACCACGUUGUGGCAACAGAGAAAGACCCUGAACGAAGUGGAUCAAGAUGUUUCUGCCUCACCGUACCGGACAAGCGACUUGCUGUUGCUACGAUACCCGGAGUUCUCACAGCAGGAUGUUGACAUCAGUGCAGAAGAGCUGGAAAACCAGACCGAAGCUGUUGCCCUCUUCCUGAACAGGGUAGACACCCAAGCAAGUGCGCGUGACUCCAUUUUUACCACUUGGGGCGUACUGCUUCUCAUCAUGGGAGGUAUUACUCUGCUGACAAGAGAUUUGAAUUACCUCUCUAAAAACCUGCUGAAGCCUUUGGUGGAGUUGUCUGAUGAAGUCGAGAGUAUCACCCGCUUGCAGUUGGCAGCAACGACAAACGCCGAUGACGAGAAUCAGCCUGCAACCAGCGAGAUCAGGCUGCUGCGGCGUCGCUUCAAUGGCAUGAAAACUGCGAUACGCUCUUGGGGAAAAUACGUGCCCUGGCCAGUCGUGCAGCUGAUGAUGCGAAAGGAUGCUGAAGCAAACAUUGAAGUGUCUGAACGACAGGUGACAAUGUUCUUCUCAGACAUCGCCAGCUUUACAACUAUCGUGGAGAGCAUCCCUCCGGAGAAAUCCUUGCUGAUGUUGAGCCGCUACUUUCAGGAGAUGUCCAAAAUCGUGGAUCAACACGGUGGCAUUGUGGUUGAAUUCAUUGGCGAUGCCAUUCUUUGCAUCUACGGGGCACCUGUGGUGAAUGACAAGCAUGCCACGGUGGCGGUGAUGGCGGCGGCAGAGAUGCUGGCUGCUAUGACUGGGAUCAAUCAAUGGCUGACUCGGAGGGACCUUCCAAAGAUCGCGAUCCGUUGUGGAAUUCACACUGGCGAAGUCUUGGUGGGCAACAUGGGCAUGCAGUACAGGAUAAAGUACGGCAUUGUGGGUGACGAGUGCAGCAUGCCUGGACGAUUGGAAGAGCUGAACAAGACCUACGGCACGCAGCUAUUGGUGUCAGAAUCAACCCACAGCGACAUGGAGAUUGACGGUUUUGUUUCUCGCCCGAUCGACUUCAUCCGUGGGAGCGAAGAAACUCACGACAAAGAGAGUCAACAGAUUUUUGAAGUCUGGAAGAGCAACAAGAAGCAAUCAAAGGCUGCUUUGGAAGAAAAGGCUGCUGACCUGUACACAGAAGCCGUGCAGCACUACCGGCACAAACGAUUUUCAGAAGCGAAGGAUGGUUUCACUCAAGCUGGCAAAGCCAUGCACAAACUUACCGGCACACAGGAUGUGGCAUCUGCUCUGAUGCUCAAACGCUGUCUGUCAUACAUGGAGAAGCCACCACCUGACAAUUGGGAUGGGGUGUGGGACCGCGGCAACUGACGGAUGUGACUCCCGGGGAGCGUUCGUUUUGUUUAGCGGUGUUUCUGAAAGAGAAGGAGAGUGCGAUUGCAAGCAGGAUGUUUGACGUAUUUUUGGAC